GUCGCCAUUUUCUUAAGGCCACAACCUGCGUAUCAUCAGUGUUUGAAGUUUCAAGUAAAUUCUAAACGAGAAACAUUUGCUAAGUAGACAUUGGCAAGGGCACAUCCGAUUGCCACAGAACAACAUCCGUUGCCUGUCUGUUGAGCAGAAAAGAAAUACAUGUGCUUUCUAGAGGACGCCAUCCUCACUGAUUGGGAACAAUGGUUGUGUUUCAUCUAUAAAGCAGAUUUGAAAAAAUAUCCCCUCCCCCCAAAUUUUGACUGCCUCAAGUGAGAACAAAGCAGCGUCAACAAUGAGCAGCGGUGAAACGGCAGCCAAAGAUGACAGCUGUCAGAAGAUGCCAUCCACAAGGAGUAAGAGCAUAGAUGACAGCAGGAAAACCUGCUGGGUCUGCUUUGCCACAGAGGAUGACGAUCGGCUGGCACGGUGGACCAAGCCCUGCCGCUGUCGGGGCACCACCAAGUGGGUGCACCAGAUCUGCCUGCAACGGUGGAUCGACGAGAAGCAGCGGGGGAACAGCACGGUCAAGGUGUCAUGCCCACAGUGUAACACAGAGUACAUCAUCAUCUACCCGGAAUUAGGUUCCAUUGUGUAUAUCCUGGAUGUCCUGGACAGACUUAUUUACAAAGUGUGCCCCUUUGCGGCUGGGGGCAUCGUUGUUGGCUCCGUCUACUGGUCAGCCGUCACCUACGGUGCAGUGACAGUCAUGCAGGUGCUGGGCCACAAGGAAGGGCUGGACGUGAUGGAGCGGGCUGACCCGCUGUUCCUCCUGAUUGGCCUGCCCACCAUCCCCGUCAUGCUAAUCCUGUCCAAGAUGAUCCGCUGGGAGGACUACCUGCUGCGCCUCUGGCGCAAGCACUCGCCCAAGCUGCCCUUCUGGAGCUACUUCUACCCGGAGCUGGGCGGCGGCAUACUGCCCCGGGUGCCCACAGAACUCAUGCCCAUGGCCGACCCCAUCUCAGCCACCCGGGUGCUGUGUGGGGCACUCAUCUUCCCGACCAUCGCCACCAUGUGUGGGAAGCUCAUGUUUGGGUCGCUCCACUCCAAUCUACAGAGGACAGUGCUGGGUGGGAUAGCAUUUGUCACAAUCAAAGGGGCACUCAAGGUUUUCUACAAGCAGCACCAGUACCUAAGGCAAGCGCACCGCACCAUCCAGGACUUCCCCGAAGAGAACGGCCAGGAGCCUGCCCAGUGAGACCCACCACAAUUUCUGGUUGGGCUUCUGUGGAGAAUUUCAGCGAGAUGAUCAUUUUUGUAACCACUUCAGUUGAUUUGCUUUCUUAAAAGCACAAGCAGAAAUCUGAGGACUUUGCAUGCACUGAAAGAUUGUUUCCUGUGUGUUUAAUACUCCAGCGGCAAAAAUAUGUUAUAAAAAAAUCUGACUCUUUCCACUUGGAGUCGAAUGCCCCAGCCAUUUUGUCAGGAACCUUGUUCCAAGAAUCUGCUGUUGUGCUUGAAGCAGUCUUUGUAUGCUUGCCUCAAUGGCUUCAAACCCAAUCUUUAGAGCACCUAGUGGUUUUGCUCCACCGUCUUCAAUCUUGCGAAAUCCUCUGAAUGCCUCCUGUUCAAUUUUGACUGAAGAGUUUGGAAAAAAAAAUAUAUAUGCAAAAUCAUUAGUGUUGCCAAAGGGGUGCAGAGUGGCAAAGUGAAACAGGCUGCUGUUUGUUUUCAAUGUGUUAGAGCUCUACCAUAUCUAUUCAGUGAGCAAUACUUUUAUGUCACCUUUAUCAUCUUAGUCCUUUUUGCCUUCGUACAUUAUUUCUUGUGUAAUGUGAUCUUUGUCAUGAUUUGGUUUUAUUUUUUCCUCUAAUUUGUGUAGUAAUAGACUAACUGUAAAUAUUAUGCUGUACACAUGGCUUUUAAACGAUAUUUGUAUUAAAGAUAAUUUCAGUUUAUACCAAGUUUUGUUUUUCUUUCAAGACUGACUACAACACAGAUAGUUACUUCAUUUCAAGCCCCAAGUGAUGGAUGUUAGCUUUUUGUUUGUUUUUGCUUUUGUGUCAUAUUGCUUGUUGGAUUACGUGUGGUUGAUCUGUGCUCACGUUUUAGAUGACUAUGAGUGAAAACUGUAGAAAAUAAUUUGAAAGUUUAUUUCUUGAUGAAAUUUGGGGGAUGGGUGUUUUUGCUUUGCAUCAUAUUGAGAAUGAGGACUGCCAUACAAAGAAACACAGGGGAUUCAUAGUUUUCCUUGAGAGGUCCUUAGGUUUGAAAAUGUUUUCCCUCUCUAUUGGGUAGUAGAACAUAAGAACAUCGGAAGGGCCCAAUGCCUUCUCAGAAGGAAUUGCACAGGUGGUGUACAUUUUCAUGUUUGUUUCCUGUUUGUGUGACCUGUUGUUUUGAUUUUGAAACUGAAGCAGUUCUUCCUGAUUUUUCACACUUCUGUGACCUGAAAAAUAAUAGAAAAAAAAAAGACUGAAAAAGGCGGGAUGACUGAAGUUGAGGUUUGGAACCAGUCUGUGCAUUGUGAGGGUAGUGGGUGUUGAAUUGAUGUAACUACUGCAGACCCAAACUCACCACUGUCUGGUUAACAGGGCUGUGAAGCAGCUGGGUAUGAGUGCAAGAAGUAAAUGAAUGUAAAAGUACAUGUACUCAUAUAUGCAUAGCUGUUUAGGAUAAACAACUUCGGUAUACAGGUUUUCAUCUUUCUCUAAAACUUGAGCACAUAAUUGCAAGUUUACUUCCCACAGGUUCAGUGUAUGAAGUGGAAAACAGUCUCACAUCGGCACUGUUAUGUUUUGAUUUUGUGUGUGUUUGUGGGCCAACGUCACACACAUGUACCUAGUGUGGACUUAUGAACAAAAGAUGUCCACAUGAUGUAGGUAGAGAAGACAUUCCGUGGAUUUACCCAUGUCCACAGGAUAUUUAUCCUCAAAACAAACAUUUAGAGGCAUUUUGGGCUUAGGUUUAUAGUGGUAAAAAGAAGAGGAACGAUCAAGGAACCAUUUUAUAAAAAUUCGGCUGAAAAUUGCAUUCACAGUGUAAAAAAAAUAACUUUUUUGGUACUGAGUUUCCUUAACUGCAUGAAAACGAAGAAAUGUCCACACUAGGUAUGGAAAGUAGGCGUGUGUGGGUGUGUUUGUGGAAAGCUUUUGUAUUUGGAAUUCAUGUGUUGAUUUGUUUAAACCAUUUUGAUGCUGCAAAUAUAAACUAGACUUGAUUCAAGUCUGGGAUGUUUACCCUUUGGUGCUCCCUUCUUCUCAUGUUGGAUAAGGAAGAAGGCAAAAAGAAGACUGUUUUGUCAAAUAAAGCUGGUCAAGGGUGCUGGCUGAUCUCACAUCAGCCAGGGACCUAGUGGCAUCUCAGACUUGACUUCAAGUCUACAUAUGUACAUGUGCACGUGAAUGAUUAGUUUCAACCAUCUCAGAUUUGUUUUAUUUCCAUCGUAUGUUUACCGGCACAUGUAGUUGUUUCAGAACAGUCAUUUAUGCUUACCAAUUGUACAUUAGGGCUGUGAUACUGGUUUAUUUAUUGAUUGUAUAUAUAUUUUGAAAUGUACAUAAAUUAGCCUCUGUGGCAUGCCGAGAUUCAGGCAAAUGCGAACUUCAACAAAAUUUCUUACAAAAUUGACAUACUAAGCAUAAAUGAACUGAGUGCCCGUCACCUGCACUGUGUGCUUGCAUGGGAUUUUGGCAGGUAACCUGCUACUUCUAAGCAAGAAAAUAUUGUGCUGAGCGGCUCAUUGAAAUUUGCUGCUGUGCUGCGCAACUUUUCCUUGGAAUGGGAAUUGAAAUCUAUUGACAGAAAAAAAAGGGUCUUGAAAAACUUUGCAACCCAUGAAACAAAGACAAGGAAUUACUUUUAAAAAAUCAGAGAAUUUAAACCUAAAAAGUAAUGAAACAAAACUUCACACUACCUUUCUCUCCCAUUCAUAAUGAGAAAUGUGACAUUUCAGUUAAUAUUUCAUCUUAUUUACCCUGGUGUAUAAAGACAAGAAAACAAUUUUAUUUGAUGUCAGAAGAGAAAUUUGGGGUUGAUGUUCGAGUGAAAAGUUAAAAAUGUGUUUGUAGCUCAGUAUAGAAUCCCUCAUCAACAAAUUGAGCUCAGGAGGGGCACUGAAGUGCAUGGUAUGGCUUUGCUUGGCAAAGUUUUAAACAUACAUGUACAUGUACUUUUCGUUUCACUAAAAUAUUUUCACGCCCAGCAGAUGUUCCCUUGAUUGUAUAUUGUGCAAGCUCACAUGUAGUUUCAUUUUAUGCUAUUUCUUUAAUUCCAAAGAUUUAGACUGUAUUUCAUACUGUAUAAAUAAAACACUUAUUAUUGUAUGGAGUUUCUUUGCACUUUGAGACCUAACUUAGAUGUAUAUUUCCCCCCAAAUGCCUGAACGAAUAGUAGAAAACACACGAAACUAUAGAGUUGCAUUUCCUUUGUUUUAGGAAGGGAUUUACCAUUGAAUCUGGAACCCAAUUAAAUUUUCACUUUUAUAACACCAUCAAGUGCUUAUUCCCAAAAUCAGGGCUUUAAAACCAAAUACUUUUUCCCAACAAGUCUGCUCUGUCUGCACUUCUGUGACAAUCCUUUAAAAUGUCAGACCAGCAUUCAUGUGUGCAUAGAUACUUGAUUUGAAAUGUUGCGUAUUACUUCUGCCUUGUAGUCUAACACGAAGUUAAGCAGCUAGAAGUUCCAAGAGCUGUUUCUGUCACUGCAGUAGAUACCUGAACAAAGAUGUCCUGAGGUGCUUUUUGAAUUUCCAAUUUUUUUUAGUGUAAUUAGAAAAUGUGCAGUUUGAUAUUUUCCUGUUUGUGCAAUGUAUAUUAAUCGACUUUCAUAGGAUAGUGGCUUUUACAACUUAACCACUGAUUUACCCUCUCUACAUUGACAACUUCUGAGCAGUUGCAUACAGGUGCAUAUACAAACCGCUAUCCGCUUUCGCUGUCAAAGCUCCAAUGUCUGUCAUGAUAUCCUCAUGUUUUUCUAACCCUGGGCAGCCAGAUUUAUGCGGCAUACUAAAAUUACUUUGAGGACCUGGAUGGAUGAAUGGAUAGGUUGUCACUUCAAGGAAAACAAAACCAGGGGAGGCAUUGAGGAAUGCUUUCUGCUCUGGAAUGCUAACCAGUUCGUAGUGGGAUGCCUUUAAAAUAGGACUUGAUUGAUCAGAAAACAUUAAGAGAAACCAUGCAGCAGAACUAUGCUGUUUUUGUGA